GAAUGGUAUGACACGUAACCAAGGUGGUACAAAAUAUAACGCUGAUAAAAACUUUGAUGAUAACUAUUCCAUAAGUGGUAGCUAUUUUCCAAAAACUGUCUAAGAACUGGAGUUUUCUAGAUCUCAUAGCUUAUUCUUAAAACGCCUAUGAUACACAGACAGACUGGCAUACGGACUGGACGAAACUAUCAGGCCGCGCCAAUCUUGCAUGCAUUCGCUCGAACGAAUUCCGUACUUACGAAAACUCAUGCAAAGGGUAAAUAAGUGUAAAAAUGGUAUAAUAAUAAUCAUCAUGUAGGUGCGUUAGUAGCAUUACCUAUUCAGUGGUAUACAUUUUACCAAGGAACCCUAAAAAAGACUAGUGCAGCUAGAUCUAUCAACACUUUACGACGCGCAUAUUUGGUCUACGAGAUUGACCUGAUGGCCAGUAAUGACUGAAUACCAUCAAGAAAUAGAACAACACCCACUGCUAUGCGAUGCGUGCUCUGACGAAGAGUUAUAUAAAGACACCAGUCCAAAGUUCCACAGGCGGUUUCGCUAUUCAGUUACAACAGGGCGAGCUAGGACGCAUGCUAUAGGAGCUGCUGCUAUUAUUACUAAGUGGCCAGAUGACAUAUCAUCUCUACUAAGAUAUUGGUGGAUUUUUCUCGGAAUGCUUACUUUCAUGGUAUUUUUAAUUUAUAAUAGCUUUUUAGCUAUUGCCGUGCUUCCAAAGCCUUAUAGCCCGUUAAAAAUUAAUAGUUCAAGCAACACGACGGAAAAUAAAUCGAAUGAAAAUCCCAGUACACUAAAUAUAUACAUGCACGUAUUUGUUGCAAAUUAUGAAGAAUUCAACAGUAAUGAUUAUAUUCCAUACAUUCAGACAAUUGCAAAGAAAUAUAUCAAUUUCAAAUAUGUAUUUUUUAUUGUUGUAAAUGAUUCAACUGAAGAUACCUCUAGUGAUAAUAUAAGUGAUCAGCAGAUAAAUGAGUUGGCUUUAAAUUCGUUGUGGACUGAUAAUGAAAUAAUUAGUGAAAAAAAGCUAUACGAGAAUCUGAUUAUAAAGCAUAUUUCGCUUACUGAAUACAUGGAUUCUUCCCCAUUAAGGAAAUAUUGGAGGCUUCUGCCUUAUCAAUUUAUUGGAUUCUUCGCUCGAUGUAUAGCUGUUUGGGAUAAAGGAGGUGUAGCGAUUAACCCUUUAAUAUUAACUCCAAAAUCACCAAAUUCAAUUUACUUAGAAAAACUACACAGUAUCUUGGAAAAUUUUCAAUCAAAACAUAAAUUUAUAUCUGAUAAGAAAAGGAAGAUGUCAAAAAAAUCUAAAAAGAAAUUGAAUAAUAUUCGUGACAUUAUAAUUGACUUAGAAAAUGACGAGAAUGCGAAUGAAGAUAUUUUUACAGAUAGUCUUGCCGUAGCAGAGAAUAUUCCAACUGCCACAGCAACUUCUUUCAAAACAAAAAGAAAUGCAAACUCUAUUUCAUUUGAUCAGCAUAAUCCCCAGCAGUUGACAGAAAAACAAAAGGAUGAAGUUUGGCAUGAAAACAAUUCUGACAAAGAGAGUAUAAAAAAAUCUGGUAAAUCUAUCAUACCAAUCACAGCAAUAAAUGACACUAAGUCUGGUGGUGUAGCAGCGGCACAAAAAACCCUUCCAAAAUUUUUUGAAUUUCUCUUUCAGUUGAAUUCCAAGAACUUAACAUCAACUUCACAAAACUUGAAAAAUUUCACAAGAGAUUUCAAGUUGUCUGACAAUCCUCACUUAAACGAUUCUUUGAAAAACGUUAUUAGAUCAAAUAUUGAUCCAGCAGGUAACGAGUCAAGUGUCAAAAUAAAAACUAAAUCCACUAAUAAAACUUUUAGUGGAAAUGAAAGUACGAAACUGAUUAUUGAUUCAAAAGGCAACUUAAUUGUUACGGAAAUUGCUUGUCAUGCAUUUAUUGGAACAGUACUAGGCAAUAUUUUACAUUCUACUGAUUACGAAUCUUUAACAGAUUUUAUUACCAAUGAAUUGUCUUUAUUUUGUAAAGGAAAUAUAUCCACUUGCAACAAUGUUGAAGUUAUUUUAGUGUAAGUUUGUUAAAUAUUUAUUAAUUUAGUAUUAUUAACAUUAACAUUAUUGUAGUUUAAUAAAAUAAAAAUUUAUAAUAAA